AUGACGACGAUAAUGACUGUGAGGGCCCUGGCGACGAUGAUGAAGGCGACGAUGAUAAUCGUUUUCCCUCUCCCCCACCCCCUCCCACCUCCUCCUCCCCCCGCACCUCCCUCUGCUCCCCCUCCUUCCACCCCGCCUCCUGGCCCUGGAGUCGCGACAAAGUUCAGCUGCCCGCCCACUCCUGAGAUGUGCUCUUUUGUUUUCGAGGGGUACGAAACCGAACUCCCUACAAUCACACUCCCCGCUCUCAGUACCACGACCGCUGCAUCCAAGCAGGCGUUUCGCCCCAAGACAGCGUACGAUGCGAACCUGGAGCCCGGUACACUCGUGGCCCUCUUACGCGGGUCAACUCUGGAUUUAUCUGACACGGUGGCUGACAUGUCGCGGAUCAUGUGUCUGGGCGGGAAGAAGAAGAACGCGACACUCCCAAGGUUUACGUUCAAGCUGACUCCAGACGGCCACCUGAGAUAUGAUGACACGCGAGUGAGCGGUGACAUGGCUUGGCUGGCAGCGGCCCAAACAGCGGAAGGCGCGGUGGUGAAUGAGGUCAGUCACAGUAGACGCGUUUGGCCUGCCUAUGCGUGUCAAGGGAAACAGCCAGCGAGCGAAUUUCCACAGCAAGAGAAACUGCGUGCUGUUCAGAGUGAAGUUUGUGGGGGCUGCUAUGGCGACGAAGCGGAAAUGGCCAUGAGGGAGCUCUGGAGCGGGGAGAUGCAGGAGGUGCAGAUAUCUUCUUCUGCUUGUGGAUUAUGGAGCUACAGGUUGCCUGCAAGGUUGUCAUUGGUGUGCUUGCUUGCAGUACGCGGACCCGCGUUCGGGCCGGCGCGGCAAAAGUCGCUCCUUUCUGUGAGGGCGCCUGGAGGGGAGAACGGAGUAGCGGCUUCAGAACGAUGCGGAGGUAGUAAUAAGCGCGAUCGCCGGAGCCCCGCUCCCGCCGCCGCCGGAAGCGCAAUGACGCCGGAGCUCACGCCAGACGGCGCGACAGCGGUUCUCGGCACGGCGGCGUCGCAGGAGAACGCGGAGGAGUGCGCGGCGGUGCUGGCACGGCUGGGCCGGUCCGCGGACAGCCUUCCCCCGGACCUGGCGGACGCGAUUGCGCGCGGCCGCGUGCCUGGGGAGGUGGUGGAGCGGUACGCGGAGAUGGAGAACACAGUGGUGCUAGGGUAUUUGCUGCGGUUCGGCGGGUUUAAGGAGCGGUUGCUGGCAGACGAUCUGUUCAUGACCAAGGUCGCGAUCGAGUGCGGCAUUGGCAUCUGCACCAAGACCUCGGCGGAGUUGGAGAGGCGGCGAGCAGCCUUCUUCCCCGAGUUCGACUUCGUCAUUGCUGACGUGAUAAUGGCGCUGAUUGCGGACUUCAUGCUCGUGUGGCUGCCCGCGCCCACCAUCCCUCUGCACCCCGCGCUAGCCAAGGAAGCCACCGCCCUGCAGAAGUUUCUCGACACCUGCCCGGACAAUGCAUUCCAGGUGCCUGUACGUGGCACGGAGUACACUCUCCUGCAGCGAUUCACUGCUGUGCUGAGGAAUGGAGCGAAGCUCAUGGUUGUUGGGACGACUGCAUCCCUGUUUGGCUGUGGAAUGACCAACGCUCUCCAAUGGGUGCGCAGGGUGCUUGCUGCCCCCCCCGCCGCUGCUGCUGCCACAGUCCCCUCCCUAGACCUCACUGCUGCCUCUUUCCCUCUCGACUCUUCGGCUGAACUGGCUGCUACUUUGAACCCUGCUGCUGCCAUUGAUGCUGCCACGACUGCUGCCUUGGUAUUGGACCCGGCGGUCGCUGCUGAUGUGGCAGCUGCUGUGUCGGCGUCGGCCGCUGAUGUGGCGGCUGCGCUGGCCACGGCUGCUGAGGUGGCAACGUCAGCUGCGGGGACCAUGCCACCGGAUCUGGAGGUGCCUAUCCUCGCUACAAGCUUGGCUUAUGGGUCCUAUGCAGCGAUUUCUGCCAACCUAAGGUACCAAAUAUUGGCUGGUGUGAUUGAGCAGCAGUGGCUGGAGCCUAGAUUCCACGGCAACAAGACUCUCCUUUCAGUGCUCUCCUUCAUCUUCCGCACGUCCAACACGUUCAUUGGCUCGCUCUUGUGGGUGGACUACGCGAGAUGGAUCGGAUCCUUGCCAGGACAGGGGAAGAAAGUCUGUGUCACCGGGGCAUCUGGUUUCAUCGGAAGCUACCUCGUCAAGCUUCUGCUGGAUCGCGGGUAUAAUGUUCGCGGAACAGUUAGGGACGCGACCAACGAGGACAAGACGUCAUGGAUUCGCGAUCUCGCAGAGGGCACUCCGGGCAAACUUGAGCUCUUUUCAGCCGACCUGGGCAAGCCUGGGAGCUUUGACGAAGCCGUUGAAGGAUGCGACUAUGUGUGUCAUGUCGCCUCUCUUGUUCGGAUGAGCGUUCCGAAUCCGCAGACUGUUGUGGAUGCAGCUUUGGAGGGCACGAGAAAUGUGUUCUCUUCCAUCAUCAAGCACAAAACUGCCAAAAAGGUGGUGGUCACCUCAUCUGUAGCAGCAAUUAUUGACUACAUAAACAAGGACCAUGUAUUUACUGAAGAAGACUGGAACCGAGACCUAACUCUCAAAGAUCCAUACCCGAUGGGUAAGACUCUCGCAGAGAAAUAUGCCUGGAAGACCGCAGAAGAUCUCAAAGGUCAAGAUUGGUCUUUUGAACUGGUCACCAUCUGUCCAGCCAUGGUUUAUGGUAAAGCCAUUCGUAAGGCGCAUGUUCGAACAAGCCUCGAUGUGAUAAGGCAACUGAUGGAUGGAUGGCUCUUCAUGGCCCCGGACUUGUAUUUUGGCAUUGUGCAUGUUGACGAUGUUGUGCUUGCUCAUGCACUGGCACUGGAGAAGGAUACUGCAAAGGGACGAUAUAUUCUAUGUAAUGGCGACACUCUCAGCAUGCUAGAAAUGGCGGCUGUCAUCAAGAAGAACUACCCUAAUGCCAAGACUCCAACAUACACCAUGCCAAAUGCAUUGGCGUAUUUGGUCUCAUUGGCCAUUCCCGGAGUGAGCUUUGAGAUGCUUGUGCUCACUGCAAAUCGCAAGAUUCUGUUUGUGCAGACACCUUGA